AUGGAUGAAGUAAAGACACACCAACAGCUAAGACCCUAUUACGAUGCGGAUAGCUUCAAUGCUGGGUAUUCAUCCGUUUUCAAACCUGAUCAGGGUGUUAUUGACAGUCAUGGAUUGAGCAUUGCCGACAAGUUAAAAACAAUGACACAAUCCAAAGCAGCACUAGGAAACAAGUCAACACGGAAAGUUGCUUUAUCGCAAUUAACUUCCGGCCUUCGUUCUAAGAUCCGUGAGGCGGAAGUUUCAUCGGAGGAGUCGAACAAAGCGCUUCAUGACAUGGAAUGGAGUGAUUUCGUCAAUUGGAAGUCGUGGAAAAACGUUACAAUGCAGCUGUUAGACCAAUUUGUCAGGAAAUAUCUGCGGCACUUGGUACAACAGCCGUUUGAGGCGGCUAGACUUCUCAUGCAAGUCGGAGAUUUCGAUCAAAAAGUGGAUCAGGAAAAACGUAGAAUACUGCUAGAGGUGGAAGAUAAUAGCCCAGCUGGUGACGAGGGUAAAAGCGAUGCUGAGGAUGACGAAGACAUCGAUUUUUUCCCUGAGACAGAUCCACCUCAGCUAACGGGCGAAGAUACAACAAGCCUGAAGCAUAUGAACAGCUCGACACAUCACAAAUUUACUUUAACCAAGAGAAUACAACCGAAGACGCUACACACAAUGGAUGUGCUCAACUCGGUGAUGGAUGAGGAAGGCACUCGCGGGCUAUGGCGAGCAAAUAACACUACUUUCAUUUAUAAUUUCCUAUCUGUUACGCUAGACGCGUGGUUCACAGGGCUCAUGUCACCACUUUUGCAAAUUCCAGACCCGUAUUUCAUUGACAUAUUGCACUCUACCGAUGCUAAAAAAUCAAUCAUCCUGAGCGUAGCGGCUAGUGUCUUUACAGGGCUAGCGCUACUGCCAAUUGAUAUCAUACGCACGCGUCUGACCGUGACGUCUUCCAAACUGGGCGAAAGAAGCUUUCGGAACUUGGUCCGCAAGUGGUCCUGGAAAAGACAUUUUUUAGCGAUGCCCAUAGACCUGAUAUUACUCAGUACCGGGUACUCUUCGAUAACUACCCUUUUCCACAAAAUGACAGGCGUGAUCCUCUACAAUCAAUUUAGCAUCGACAAGUACUCACAGGCCAUGUGGUAUAACACCUUUGAGUUUAUUUCACGCAUUAUCGAGCUCUUCGUGAAACUUCCAGUAGAAACUCUCUUAAAGAGAAGCCAAGUCUCGUACUUGCUCAAACAGGGGCCUCAGGGCCCAUUCCCCAUGUCCGAGGAUUACAUGAUCGUCGAGCCUCGCGCUUAUCGCGGUGUGUACACUUCUCUGACGGAAAAGGGCCGGUUACACGAGCUCUGGCGUGGUUGGCGUUUAGGUCUUUUGAGCGUAAUGUGCAGUUACGGGCUGAAAUUGAUGGAUCAGGACGUCAUGGAGGAAGAGCGGUUUUGA